CUCCCUGCCACACAGGGAGGUCAGGCUCCGAACCGAGUCAGAGCAAAGGUCAGCGUGCACCUACGUGCUCAAGAAGGAGCUGCACACUACGAUAAUCCUGGAAAUGUAUUUCCUUUGCUUCUUUUGCACCCUGAAGGUCAUUGAAGAAGUUAGGCUUUUCAGAAGCAGCUAAGAUGCCAGCCAGAAGAAGCAGACUUGCUUUUAGUGGGAGCCUUUGGGAGCACAAGUCACGUUUGCUUGGAUUUUGUGGAUGCCGCUUGGGCUGGCACAUUUUCGCCGUUGCCCUGGGAUGCCUUGAGCACCGGCCUCUGGUCUGUAAGGCUUUUUUUCUGCUGCUUUAUGACUGAGGAGAACUUCCCAGGCUUUGCUUUGGCCUCAGCUGUACUGAAGGCUGGGUUGCUGGGCACAAGCAGCCCAGAGCAGCUGCUAUUGUGAGGUCAAGGGAGCGGUGCCACGUCACAGUGCUGUCAGCGCAGCCUUGUCCCGGUGCGCGCAAGGCCUGGCUGUCCAGAGCAGCUCUUGCGCUCGCUCCCUGCAGGAGGAUCCUUGUGAUCAAGGAGUUCUCAGCAGACGGCCUGCACCCCGAGAGGAGUCUUGGUUUUUCCCUUGGGUGGCAUUCAGUGUGCAAACCCGCACGGCGCUGCUAAGAUGAUCCAGCAAGUCUGUGCCGCGGUUUGCACCGUCUUUUCUCUUGCUUAUUCUGGCUACUACCUGACCCAGCUGACUCGUCACUUCACGCGCAGAUGGAGGCAAGCCUGUCCUUUGGGCUCAGCAGCAGGGUCAGCACCUCCUCUGGCUCCCUCUCUUGUUGAGGAAGAGGCUGAAGAGGAGCAAAGGAGCACCAAGCCUCCACCUGCAGUCCCUCCACAGCCUGAACUUGCAGAGCCAGUGGCCAUCAAGAUCAUGUCACUCCAAGAGGAGAUGUCCGAGGAGCUGGCUGUCAAUGAAAUCCUGGUCCUGAGGGACAACAGGAAUCCCAAUAUUGUCACCUACUUGGACAGCUACCUGGUGGAUGCGGAGCUCUGGCUGGCCAUGGAGUUCAUGGACGGCGGCACGUUGUUUGAUGUGCUCAGGGCAGUGUACCUGGAGGAAGGACAGAUAGGCGCUGUCUGUCGGGAGUGCCUGCAAGGACUGCAUUUCCUUCACUGCCGCCAAGUCAUCCACAGAGACAUCAAGAGCGGCAACGUUCUCCUGGGCAUGGACGGAGCUGUCAAAUUGGCUGACUUUGGCCUCUGCGCUCAGCUCAGCCCUGAGCGCAGCAAGCGCAGCUCCAGCGUCGGCACUCCCAGCUGGAUGGCACCGGAGGUGGUGCGAGGAGAAGCCUACGGCCCCAAAGUGGACAUCUGGUCCCUGGGGAUCAUGGGGCUGGAAAUGGUGGAAGGGGAAGCUCCUUACCAGAGGGAAGCCCGUCUCAGGGUUUUUGAACUGAUAGAAAGGAACGGGCCCCCAAAACUGCAGAACCCCAGGCAGCACUCGGCUCUCCUGCGCGACUUCCUCCGCUGCUGCCUGCAAGCAGACCAGGACAGGCGCUGGAGUGCCCAGGAGCUCCUGCAGCACCCGUUUGUGACCUCAGGCGAGCCUGCCUCCAGCCUGGCUGCUCUGAUCACCUCAGCCAAGCAAGCGCAGGAUUGA